AUGAUCUGUUUCAUUACGCGCGUAUUUGGCAACCAAAUUGGCUAUUUGCGCGUGUUAGCACUUUCGUUAUAUCAUAAUGAACUUGAUAAUAUUCGUUUGCUGAUAGUAAAUACAGAUAGUAGCACAGAUCUAACAGUACUAGCUCAAACAGUACAGCUCAUAAACGAGCUUGUGCUUCGCAAUGACUAUGCUAAGCUUUUAGAUUUAGGCAUACCUUCCAUGAAAAAUGAUUACGGUUAUGAGUUAACCGAUCGGGCUCUCGCAUACUUAUAUAGAAAACAUGCACGGUCAACCUCGGAAUGUGACUAUGUUAUUUUUACAAAUGCCGACAAUUUCUAUGUUCAAACCUUGGCACGAAAAAUUCUACCAUACAUGAAGACUAAGCUAGAUAUUAUUGCAUGGGGAUUUGUUUCACAUUACAACUAUACUCCUUACUCCAAGGAACUCGUCACUUCAGAGAAACAAUCAGUGCCAGGGAUUGUAGAUGAUGGCACUGAAAAAUGCAUAAAAGUGGCACUUCAAAGAGGAGCCGUGGACUUAGGAGCAGUAGCAUACAGAUUUCAAUUUUUGUGGCAGCAUAAUCUAUACUUUCGUAAAAAGAGUGACACUUAUGAAGUGGAUUCCGAUGGAAAAUUUGUAGAAUUAGCAGCUCGACUAACGCAUUCGACGAGCCAAUGUCAUUGGUUUUUUUGCACAUUGCCCAAUGGAACUAUUUGCCAGAUUACACAAUUCAAACAUUUAUCUCAAGUUACAUUCAAUACUCACAUUGUUCUUCAUAUCUUUGAGAAUUUAUAUUUGAAGUUAUAUUUUAUAUUGAAAGACUUACAUUUCUUUCAAGUCAUUUCAUUCAACAUUAUUUCAGAUCAAAAUAUUCGCUUCAGGUUUCAUUCAACUUUCAAAAAGCUUCUUUCGUCCAAGGUGUUCACCUUAACAAUAUUUCAGAUAGAAAUACUCUUCUCAAGCUAA